ACAGGUUCGUGUUUUUCAGAUACGCGAGGGGGCGAGGGGAUGGCUUCGUUCAGAUGGCUUCUGCAACUCCACAAGGACGUCCCCAAGGCAGCUCGGUUCUACUCUGAAGGACUCGGAUUCACCGUCAACGUAUGCACACUCAGGUGGGCAGAGCUCCAUUCCGGCCCUCUGAAGUUAGCGCUCAUGCAAUCAAGCAGUGAUGUCAUGAUGCAGAAAGGCUACUCUUCUCUUCUAUCCUUUACUGUGACAGACAUAAACGCCACGGUCACUAAGCUCAUGUCUUUAGGUGCUGAAUUGGACGGCCCUAUCAAAUAUGAAGUGCACGGCAAAGUAAUCGGUUGCUGCCGUGCGUUGCAUUGAUGGUCAUAUGCUUGGCUUGUAUGAACCAGCAUAGUGCGUUCAGGAGAGCAGUAACUUCAGAACAAAGAGAAAACUAUCUUGGCAAAUUCAUGUUCUCAAUUUGAUCUCAAGCAAUGAAAUAAACGCAGCAUGGGAUCUUCAGUCGAUUGACUUCAGGUUAUUUGUUCCGCAAACCUAAUUCAUAGAGCAGUCAGGUCAUCCUCCAGAGCUAUCUGGGAUGUGGUGAAGACAUGAGAGGACUUUUGUCUUUUGGGUUCACAUGUCGGAUAGAUAAACGGUAAACGUUCUCUUCUUCAGGUCUGUUGAUACAUUGGCUGACGUCUUCAAUUUUUGGUCUUGGUCUGAAGGUUGAUGAAAUACUUGGGGUGAGAUCGUGAGCCUCAACAAGGCCGGCCGGUUUAACUUGGAAAUCUCUCAUGUGGAAUAACAUGGAAUCGGCAGGCUUCCCCUUUUGCCUGAAUUCAGCUGCUCUUAUUUGUCGAGAGAUAGGAAAUUCAUCUUGUGCCUUAUAUCAAUGACAAAUUACCAAAAUUAAUUCUUGUCAUUCCUCUCUCUCGCUCCCUCUCUCCACUUUUGUUUGUUUUUAUGUGUAUGUGGAUGUGCGGACAUCUGCCUGCUUUUGCAGAGUUUUAUGAUUUUGUUAUAUAACGUAAGUGCUGAGACUGGUGCGCCAAUUAUUGUUUUAACUAUUUAUCAAGUCUGA